AUGACCCACAGGUGCAUCCUCCAAACUGCUCUCCUGUUGUGCUUCUCCACCACAGCUCUUUCCAUGAGCUACAGAUUGCUUCAAUUCCAACAAAGGAGCAGCAAUUUGGCAUGUCAGAAACUCCUGCGGCGGUUACCUGGAAUGCCUCAACAUUGCCUCGAGGACAGGAUGGACUUCAAGGUCCCUGAGGAGAUUAAGCAACCACAGCAGUUCCGGAAGGAAGACGCCGUAUUGGUCACCUAUGAGAUGCUCCAGCAGAUCUUUGGUAUGCUCAGAAGAAAUUUCUCUAGCACCGGCUGGACUGAGACCAUCACUGAGAACCUCCUUGUGGAAGUCUAUGGGCAGAUGGAUCGUCUGGAGACAAUCCUGGAGGAAAUAAUGGAGAAGGAAAACUUCACCAGUGUAGUGACCAUUCUUCACCUGAAGAAAUACUACUUGCAGAUCAUGCAGUACCUGAAGUCCAAGGAGUACAGCAACUGUGCCUGGACAGUAGUGCGAGUGGAAAUCCUCAGGAACUUUUCCUUCCUUAACGGCCUUACAGAUUACCUCCAUAAUUGA